AUGAACUUCUACAAGAAAUCAAAUGUACUUUGUACUAUGUCGGCUGCAACACGUAUGGUUCUGGGGUAUAGUUUAGAACUACUAGAUAUUCUGGAACGGCCGUUUACUAAAGAGGUUCAUGUUUUACCAAGCCUAAAUAAUCUAUCAAUCUUGCUAACUAGCUCUGUAAAGAUCAAAGACAUCUUUGCUGAGUUACUCUCGAUUUUGAAAGUCAACCAAUUUCAGUUUACACUUCCAGCUUCGUUUGUCCAUUGCUAUCGUGAUGUCAAGUGGGUAACAAACCCAACUAAGUACUACGUGACUGCAAAGGCAGAUGGUGUGCGUUGUCUGUUGAUGAAGAUCCAGAACGGAACUUAUCUAAUAACUAGGAAGAAUGAGAUUUACCCUUGUUGUAUUGCAAAUGAUAAAUUACCUGACAAUACAGUAUUGGACGGAGAAUUAUUGCAUUCCACAUCAAUCUCAGAAAUUCAUCCUAAGAUCAGCACACUUCUGAAUACCAGUGUGCUUUUGGUGUUUGAUGUUCUUGCCAUUUCAGGAGAUGUCUUAUGGAAAUGGCCAUUCACCGUAAGACAAGCAAGUCUAUGUAGACUUCCCAUUAGUACGGACAUAGCAGCUGUGAUGAAGCAAACGCUAGCAUCUGCAGAUGACGAUUCUUCAGCUGACCAAAAAUUACAAUCCUUUCAUGCUGAAGAAAAUAACUUGAACGAACUAGUGGUUAAUUGUGUGCUCAAGGAACAUAAGCCAUCCACUCCAGAUGAAGUCUUAAAGUUUCUCGGUGCUGUACCUCAACUUCCAUGUGCUUGUGAUGGUUUGAUUUUUACCCCAAGUACAGCUUAUGUGUUUGGGCCAGAUCCUUUGUUGUUUAAGUGGCAAAGUCAAGAUUCCGCUCAUUGCGAUAUUCUCGUACAAGAUCUGAAAUCUGGUAAACGUAAGUGUGCAGUUGAUCUUCCCCUUGAUUUUAGAUCACCGUCUGACAACACGAUUGCGCAUUUUUCGAAUUCAUUAAAUGAAAGUCGAGAAGUAAUGGAGUGUCAGUGGAAUCAGUCACAUAAAGCGUGGGAUCCACUUUUUGUGCGCCAGGAUAAAUCAGGACCAAAUUCUGAUGAGACAAUUGACCAUGUGGAGAAGAUGUGCCAACAACCGUAUACUGAGGAACACCUUAUUGCAGAUCUCACUGGAAUCAAGGGAAAUGUUGACGAGCUGGAACACACAACAAACACAACUGCGCCAUCCGUGAGUCAUCCAUCAGUUGGUUAUUCAUUUGAAGAAUUGUAUACUAAGAUCACAGAACUAGUCGAUCUUGGUUAUAUUGAAAAGACACUAGAUUCUGGGACUAAAUUAGAAAUCUUCAAUUAUUCUACUUCUGUUAAAAAUCCAUUAGUUUCUCUCUGCAGAGGAAUGGUUUUACAUCCUGAUUCAAAGACUAUUGUGACAAAGCCAUUUGUUUGA